AUGUCCGCCCGCCCCCAGAACAUUGGUAUCAAGGCCAUUGAGGUCUACUUCCCUCGUCAGUGCGUUGACCAGGCUGAGCUGGAGAAGCACGAUGGCGUUAGCGAGGGGAAGUACACCAUUGGUCUCGGCCAGACCAAGAUGAGCUUCUGUGAUGACCGUGAAGACAUCUACUCCAUCUCCCUCACCACCCUCUCCUCCCUCCUGCGCAAGUAUGAAAUCGACCCCAACUCCGUCGGCCGUCUCGAGGUCGGUACCGAGACCCUCCUCGACAAGUCCAAGUCCGUCAAGUCCGUCCUGAUGCAGCUCUUUGCUCCCCAUGGAAACACAAACAUUGAGGGUGUCGACAACGUCAACGCCUGCUACGGUGGUACCAAUGCUCUCUUCAACAGCAUCAACUGGAUCGAGUCUUCCGCCUGGGAUGGUCGCGAUGCUGCUGUGGUCUGCGGUGACAUUGCCUUGUACGCCAAGGGUGCUGCUCGUCCUACUGGUGGUGCCGGCUGUGUGGCCAUGUUGAUUGGCCCUGAUGCUCCCAUUGUCUUCGAGCCCGGUCUCCGUGGUAGCUACCUCACUCACGCCUAUGACUUCUUCAAGCCCGACUUGGCCAGCGAGUACCCCGUUGUCGAUGGUCACUUCUCCCUCAAGUGCUACACCGAGGCCGUUGAUGCCUGCUACAAGGCCUACAACGCUCGUGAGAAGACACUCAAGGCCGCCAAUGGCACCAAUGGCGUUGAGCAGGACGACUCAAAGACUCCUCUCGACCGUUUCGACUACAUCUGCUAUCACGCCCCCACCUGCAAGUUGGUACAGAAGUCUUACGGUCGUAUGCUCUACAAUGACUACGUGGCCAACCCCUCACACCCCGCGUUCGCCGAGGUUGCUCCUGAGCUGCGUGACGUCGAAUACGAGAAGACUUUUGCCGACAAGAACAUCGAGAAGACCUUCAUGGGCCUGACCAAGAAGACCUUUGCUGAGCGGGUGCGUCCCGCUCUGGAUGUUGCCACUCUUUGCGGUAAUAUGUACACUGCUACCGUCUAUGGUGGUCUUGCCAGCUUGAUCUCCAACGUGUCUUUCGACCCUAGCCAGGCUAAGCGUGUUGGUUUCUUCUCGUACGGUAGCGGUCUUGCUAGCUCCAUGUUCAGCGCCAAGAUUGUCGGCGAUGUGAAGUACAUGGCUGAGAAGCUUGACCUCCACAACCGCCUGAACAACCGCAACGUCCUGCCCCCUCAGGCUUACGAUGACAUGUGCCUCCUGCGUGAGCACGCUCACUUGGCCAAGAACUUCAAGCCCUCGGGCAACCCCGAGACCAUUGUUUCUGGCGCCUACUACCUGACUGAGGUGGACGACAUGUUUCGCCGGAAGUACGAUGUUAAGGCAUAA